UCCACACACUUCUCCGACCAGCAGAGACUCAUAAUUGGGUGCUGCUACGUCUAAGAAAAGCAAUUGGAUUCUAUUCUUCUUCUUAGACGUAUAGAAGAAUAUAUAUAUACAUAGAUAGCAAGAUAGCUAGAUAGCUAGAUCUAUCUUUCUAUAUAUAGGCCUAUAGGCUAUAGAUCUAUCUAUCUAUCUAUCUUUCUAUCUAUCUAUAUAUAUAUUCCACUUCUAAAACAAACAUGCGAUCCGCAGUAGGACUACUUUUGCUCCUUGGAAUUCAUCUCGUCUAUGCCAGAACACACUCUCUUCAAUAUUUCUACACUGCAGUGUCUGGAGACAUAAACUUCCCAGCGUUAACUGCAGUUGGUCUGGUUGAUGAUGGGCAAUUCAUGUACUUUGACAGCAACAUAACGAAAGCCAUCCCAAAGACAGAGUGGAUAAAACAGUAUGAGGGAUCAGAUUAUUGGGAGGAAGAGACUAAUAUCCUGAUUAGAAAACACCAGGUCUUAAAAAACAACAUUAUGGUGGCUCAAACACGGUUCAAUCAAUCAACAGGUGUGCACACAUACCAGCAAAUGUACGGCUGUGAAUGGGAUGAUGAGACUGAAGCAACAAAUGGGUUUCUCCAGGAAGGAUAUGAUGGAGAAGACUUUCUGUCUCUGGAUUUGAAGAAUUUUAGAUGGAUUUCACCAGUACCACAAGGAUUCAUCACCACAGAGAGGUGGAACAAGGACAAAGCCCUACUUGAGCAUGACAAACAUUACCUCAACACUGUGUGCAUUGAGUCGCUGAAGAAAUAUCUGCAGUAUGGGAAGAGCAGCCUGGAGAAAACAGUCUCUCCUCGGGUGUCUCUGUUGCAGAAGGAUUCCUCUUCUUCAGUCACGUGUCAUGCUACAGGUUUUUACCCCAGUGGAGUAACAAUCACCUGGAUGAAAAACGGAGAGGAGCAUCAUGAGGAUGUUGAACUGGGUGAACUUCUUCCCAAUGAGGACGGAACCUUCCAGAAGACGAGCACGCUCACAGUUACACCUGAUGAGUGGAAGAACAACAAGUUCAGCUGUUUGGUGGAGCACAAGGGCAUCAACAAGGAAGAGAGUGAGAUCAGGACAAACUAUGGAAAUUCUCUUCCCAUUGGCAUCAUUGUUGGCGUUGUUGUUGCUGUCGUUCUGUUGGUUGGCAUGGCUGGCAUUGGUUAUAAGAUCUAUCAGAAGAAGAAGAAAGACUUCAAACCUGUCAGCGGAUCUGAUGAUGGUUCAAACAGUUCAGCUCCUGCAUAAAGAUGAGACAUCAGAUGCGUGAGAGGGAUGAAGUUAACCUGCUGUCAGUCUUAUCUAUAAAACAACACACAGGAUCAGAUUUAUGGAUAAAUUAAAUACAAUUAAAUGUUUUUAUUAGUUUGUGGUGGGAUUGAUCUGUUUAUGAUUCUUCAUUAUGUAAAUACUUCAUCAUUUUUUUUAUUCAUCCGGUCUUCAUUUAUUUUAUGAACAUUUGAGAUGUAGAAAUAUGGCACAUUGAUCUUAAGACUUAAAUGGAAAAUGUAAAUAUUUGUCUUUAUUCACAUUAAAAACAAUACAAAUGAUUAAUCUGCAGGUUUGAUUAAGUGUCAGGUCAGUUCUGACCCUGAAAAAGUAAAUCAUUAGAAAUCUGAUUAGUUUAUUAAAUUAGAAACUCCCCAGUGAAAUAUUCUGUUUUUAUUCUAACAAGAUUUAAUUGUUUAUUUAAUACAAGUUAAUCUGGAUUUAUGGAUUAUGUGCCAUCAUGUAAUCUUCAUGAUUUAUGGGAUUCAUCGUCUUUUUCUGUCUGUAAAUUUCCUUCUUUUUGUUUUAAAUAAAUUAGUUGAUAAACUGUUCUGCAGAAUAAUAAUUGAUCUUUUUAAUUUUAACAAUGUUACACUGUUAAAACAUUACAUGAAUAUCUGUUCCUAUGAAUAACAGAACAACAAAUAUUUUCCUUUAUUUGAGGUUUCAAAAUCUAAAUUCAGUGAACAUGAAUGUUUUAUUGAUUGUCUGAAAUUUUAAAUGUAAUUUUGAUUCUUUGAAAAUAAACGACCUCAGAAAGGAGAAAUUG